UGACUUUCUGGAGGCUUCAAAUCAACAGGCACCACCAAAAAGAGAAAGGAAGAGGGAGAAGAAAACAGCGACCGUGCAGCUGCCUCCAGUUCUGACAGCCCCCAAGGGACACACUUUUAGAAGUGGCCAGCAGGCUGGGACUCCGCAGAAAGGGCUCAGAAGGUGCCAACCGCAGAGGAGCGCAGAUAUCUCCUCCGACCCCUCACCCCACCCUCUUUGGGUUUUGUUCACCGCACUGUCAUCUGUUUUUCAGACCCUUGUUGUAUCUAACAUGGUGAAGAAAGGAGUGAAGAAGAGAACAAAGUAACUCCUGGGGGAGCGGGGAGCUGUGGUGACCAACACCACCACCGCCACCACCAGCUCCUGCUGCCGCGGCCACCCACGUCCACCAUUCACCCGGAGACUCUAGAGGCGCAGGCAGCGGAUCCGAGAGCGGAGCAAGGAGAGGCAGCCGGCCCUUCCGAGGAGUUAUGGAUGUUGGUGCAUUCACUUCUGACCAGAUCCGCGCCCAGAGGGAGCUAACCAGCAGUCACCACCUCCAGCUGUCUCCUCGCCUUGCACCGGGUCUUACCCUUCCAGUAUGUUCCUUCUGAUGAGACAAUUUCCAGCGCCGAGAGUUUCAGUACAAUGUGGAAAUGGAUACUGACACAUUGUGCCUCAGCCUUUCCCCACCUGCCUGGCUGCUGCUGCUGCUUCUUGUUGCUGUUAUUGGUGUCUUCCGUCCCUGUCACCUGCCAAGCUCUUGGUCAGGACAUGGUGUCACCAGAGGCCACCAACUCUUCUUCCUCCUCUUCUUCCUCCUCCUCCUCCCCUUCCAGUGCGGGGAGGCAUGUGCGGAGCUACAAUCACCUCCAGGGAGAUGUCCGCUGGAGAAAGCUAUUCUCUUUCACCAAGUACUUUCUCAAGAUUGAGAAGAACGGGAAGGUCAGCGGUACCAAGAAGGAGAACUGCCCGUACAGUAUCCUGGAGAUAACAUCAGUGGAAAUUGGAGUUGUAGCUGUCAAAGCCAUUAACAGCAACUAUUACUUAGCCAUGAACAAGAAGGGGAAACUCUAUGGCUCAAAAGAAUUUAACAACGACUGUAAGCUGAAGGAGAGGAUAGAGGAAAAUGGAUACAAUACCUACGCAUCCUUUAACUGGCAGCACAAUGGCAGGCAAAUGUACGUGGCGUUGAAUGGAAAAGGAGCUCCCAGGAGAGGACAGAAAACACGAAGGAAAAACACCUCAGCUCACUUUCUUCCCAUGGUGGUCCACUCAUAGAGGAAGGCAAUGUUUGUGGAAGCAGAAGAACCAAAGGCUCUUUGGCCAGGAAUAGUCAGUAUCCUUCAUGGAGACAGUAGCUCGAAAGGCAAAGAAACACUGCAGACAUCUGCCUCCUUAAAAGAAAGGAAGCCUUUGACGGUUUUUGUACUCACUGCUGACAUAUGAUGUUCUUUCUUUAGCUCUGUGUCAUGCCUUAUAACUAAGACAAAGGCAGAUCAAACGGGAUAGAAGUUAUUCCCAAGAGAACAACAUUAUGGCUGGGUUUUUUGGUCAAGUUGUUUUGUUUGUGAACCUCUGAGACAGAACUUAAAGGACAUGGAACAAUCUGUUGAAUGAUCUUCGGGAAAGUUAUUUAUGGAAUACGAACUCAUAUCAAAGACUUUCAUUGCUCAUUCAAGCCUAAUGAUUCAAUGAGCAGUAAGACACGCAAGCAUUUACUGGAAAGCACUUGGGUCAUAUCAUAUGUGCAACCAAAGGAGCUUUGGGUGUGGCACCAUAGAAGAAUUGGAUAGGAUUUAAAAAUAUAAAUGUGUUAGUGUGAAACUGUUCUAACAAUACGAAUAGUAUGGUAUGCUUGUGCAUUCUGCCUUCAUCCUUUUCUAUUUCUUUCUAAGUUAUUUAUUUAAUAGGAUGUUAAAUAUCUUUUGGGGUUUUAAAGAGUAUCCUCAGCAGCUGCCCUCUGAUUUACCUUCUCUUUUUUUUCUUCAGCACACCACAUGCAUGUUCAUGACAAAGUGUUUAUAAAACUUGGCAAACACUUCAAAAAUAGAAGAUGAAAUUAAGAAAGCAAUGUGAGCUCCCCAUGUGCUAUCAGUUGACUUAAUUUGCACUUCUGCAAUAAGAUCCAUCAGUAAUAAAAAUGUCAGUACUCUGCCAUGGCUUGAAUGAGAUCUGUCUGCCAUCAUUUAAAAACAUAUAUCACUUCCUUUUCUAAGAAAUAGAUGAGAAGGCCAAACUCUUCUCUUUGAAUGCAUCAAUUCAUCUCCAAUAAUAUACUAAAGAAGGAAAGUGAAUUGUUAAAUGCAUUUUUGUAGCCUAGCCUCAUUACUUUCUCAUGAUUUCUUGCCAUAUGUCACAGUGAUAAAUGAUGAAGAGGCUAUCUGCAAAUGGAAGAACCCUCUGUAAGUCCCACAUAGUGCAUCUCCCCCAAAGAACCAUCAAGGAAAUGGGUAUGAAGUGCAACUCUCCCAGGGGCUUAAACUGAGCAAAUGUAUCCUGGUAUAUGUGUAACCAUAUACUGGAACCUGUUCAAGCUGUAUGAUCUAGUCUUUACAAAACCAAAUGAACCUAUUUUCUGUAAAUUUAAAGAGCUUUAGAAAGUUCCAUAAUGUAGCCAUAUUGAAAUUCAUUUGUUAGAGCAGGUAUAGAAAACAGUACAUAAGUACAUAAGUGUACCAGUCGUCAUCACAAUGUAUUCCACUAAAUAAAUACAUAAGCCUUA